UUUUAGGAAGAAAACCAGUGGGUGAAAAAAAAUGAAGUUCCUUAUCUUCACAUGUGUCGGUGUUGCUCACCUUUUGUCUCUGGGCUGUGGGGAAACUAUAUACAAGAAUGACAUCUCUCAGAGGACUUUUCAAGAAAUAAAAGAAGAAAUAGCCAGCUAUAAAGAUGUUGCUAAAGCAAUUAUCAACCUUGCUGUUUACGGUAAAUACCAGAACCGGUCCUAUGAGAGAUUGGCACUUUUGGUUGACACAGUUGGACCCAGACUGAGUGGCUCCGAGAACCUAGAAAAAGCCAUCCAAAUCAUGUACAAAAACCUGCAAGAAGAUGGGCUGGAGAAUGUCCACCUGGAGCCGGUCAGAAUCCCCCACUGGGAAAGGGGAGAAGAGUCUGCUGUGAUGCUGGCCCCAAGAAUUCACAGGAUGGCCAUUUUGGGCCUUGGCAGCAGCAUUGGGACACCCCCAGAAGGCAUUACAGCAGAAGUUCUGGUGGUGAGUUCUUUCAACGAACUGCAGAGAAGGGCCUCAGAAGCAAGAGGAAAGAUUGUUGUUUAUAACCAGCCUUACAUCAGCUACGCAACGACAGUGCAGUACCGAGUCCAGGGGGCAGUGGAAGCUGCCAAGGUGGGGGCCUUGGCAUCCCUCAUCCGAUCAGUGGCUUCCUUCUCCAUCUACAGUCCUCACACAGGCAUCCAGGAAUAUCAGGAUGGUGUGCCCAAGAUCCCAACAGCCUGUAUCACAGUGGAAGAUGCGGAAAUGCUAUCAAGAAUGGCUCUUCGUGGGAACAAAAUUGUCAUCCAGCUGAAAAUGGGAGCAAAGAGUUACCCGGACACAGAUUCCUUCAAUACUAUAGCAGAGAUCGUUGGGAGCAAGUAUCCAGAGCAGGUUGUGCUGGUCAGUGGACAUCUGGACAGCUGGGACGUCGGGCAGGGCGCCAUGGAUGAUGGUGGAGGAGCCUUUAUAUCAUGGGAAGCGCUCUCGCUUAUUAAAGAUCUUGGGUUGCGUCCAAAGAGAACUCUGCGCCUGGUGCUGUGGACUGCAGAGGAACAAGGUGGAGUUGGUGCCUUCCAGUAUUUUCAGUUACACAAGAUAAAUAUCUCCAACUAUAGUCUGGUGAUGGAGUCUGACCAGGGCACUUUCUUACCCACUGGGCUGCAAUUUACCGGUAGUGAGAAGGCCAGGGCCAUCAUGGAGGAGGUUAUGAAGCUACUGCAGCCCCUCAACAUCACCCAGCUCUUCAGGGAUGCAGAGGGGACAGACAUUAACUUCUGGAUCCAAGCUGGAGUGCCUGACCUUGUUUCAUUGUCGCUCACUGAUUCACAUGGCAACCUCCUCCUGAUACGCGGACCAGCAUUUCCAGUCCCCUUCCACCUACCUGCUUCAUUGCCUCCAGUGAACUUUCUAAAAUGAAAACUGAUGUAUCAUUUCGGAUGCAUUUGUCUGUAAAAUGAAACAGAAGACUAAACUCGGACUGGCAGUAAGGGGAGUUUAAAAUUCUCUUUGAAAGAACUCCAGAGUGAGUGGUUACAGAGUAAUUUAGUUAUCCAACCAGAGACAAGGCUUUCGGUUCUUCACAUCUUCACCUUGCCAUCCUUGGAACAUCUUCAGGCUUGUCCCUUCAUGGUCCCAAAAUAACUGCAGUUGUUCUGAGAAAUACAUUUUCACACAUUGUACAACAGAGGCAGAGAGUAUGUCUGUAAUUAAUGUUCCUUUCUAAGAGGGAGAAACUCUUUUCGAGAAACCCCAAAAGAAGUUUCUCCUCAGGCCCAUUGGCCAAAGUUGUGACAAAGUUGGCUAAAUCAUGUCGUGCAAAAGGAGUAAAACUACCAAGAUUGGCUUUUAAUGAUCAGAUUUCACUUCCUGGGCAUAAGAUGCGGCUACCCAGAACACCUCUCUCCUGCCUUUAUAAUUGUGAUCCAGUAUGAAUUUUCAGAAUUCCCUGUGCCUGAAAAGUUCCUGACCCUUGACAAAUGUUCACGAGUCAAACGCUGAAUAAGUAAGAUCUAGGUUUGUAAGAGUCAGAUAUCAUGAGAGAAGUUUGUUAGCUGAAGUGUACUGCACAUCCAUAAUUAUAUUACUUUAG